GAGCAGCAAGAAGUAUGAGUGAAGCAGGUGAGAAGCGGUCUGGUGUAACCAGGGUGCUAGGUGCCCUGGGUGGCAGCGAGGCGUGCGGCGCGCGAUGGACGCUGGCCGCGCUUCUGCUGGCGCCGCUCGCCGCCGCCAACAGCAGUUAUUGCGCAGUACCCGCUGUUAUGUUACUGGCAGCGUUCGCUACUUUCGCCACUUUGACAUGCAAGGAUUUGCGAAAGCUAGCCGAAAUCCUUCCACCGCCAAAAACGGCUAGAGGUCGUCGUGAGAGGAACAUGCGUUCGUUCGCUGACUUCAUGGCGAUGUGGAUGUGCUUCCUAUCGCACCUAGUAGCGGUAGCCGUUUGCGCUAGGAUCCUCAGCGCGACUGCCGACCACGUGACCGGCGGCAGGACGAGGCGCUGGCUAUUUGGCUACGAAACGAGAGCCCUGGGGGAGCCUUGGCCAGAUGUUAUAGGAGUCACUGUUGUUAUGGUGGUGUGCGCGAUGUUCAUGUGCGGCCUUGAGGAGAGUAUGAUGUUUACAUUCAUGCUGCUUUUGCUACUGUAUUUAUUCAGCCAGUGUUUCGCGAUCUUUGGUUUAAUCAAUUUGGAUAUAGCAAGCAUUAAAAUACCAAUACCAAUUACUAUAUAUGAGUUAUUCGCCGCGGGGGCGCCAAUAUCUUAUGCGUUCAGCGUUGGUCUGCCGCCGAUGCAAAACAACGCUCUUAAGAAGAACUUAUUCCUUCUUAUUGGAGUACCCACUAUAAUACUUUCUAGUCUUUGCUUUUUGUAUACGAAUAUGCUCAAAGGAAACAGCAUAGACGCUGCAUUACCUGUGACGACACUUCUAGAGGCGCGUUCCGCGGGCUGGGUGUGCCCUGUGCUAGCCGGCAUCACGGUUGCAGGCGUGUGUCUCGCGCUCACUGAGCUCUGCCCCCUGCUCUUCUCGCUGCUCGUGCUACUAGCAUCCCCCGAAUGGAAGGUUCUCACCAGGUCAAUGACCUAUGAGAGUGCUACAACUGGAAGUCCAGUGCUUGCUGUGUUCACUGCAGGAAGUUUGGCGGCAAUACUGGCAUUUGCAUGUCCCUUAUCGCACAUGAUAACUUUGAUGAAUGCCAGCCACUUAUUCGGAAUCACAAUACAAGCGUUUCACUUCAUGAUUAUGAGAUGCGUGCCCACGAAAGAACAAAUGGAUGCAGGAAACAUAGAAUACAAACGGCUUGGGACUGAAGGGUCAUCGCGAGUCGUUAAAUCGGCUUCGGUGAAAUCAAAACGCGGCCUUUGGUUCAUCCCCUCGGCUAUUCGUCACACAAAAACUUUAGAGAGUAUCAAAUCUAAAGUAACAAAAGAGACUGAAGAACGUGAGUGCCUUCUCCUUGAUGAAUACGCGGGUUGUCCAACUGAAGACUUGGAGCAAUCAUCGAGUGGUAACAACGGUAGAAUACCAAUGGCAGUCGAAGAGGAUAUAGACUGUCCAUCCGAUAUGGACGCGAGCGAACCAGAUAUAUCCUCAGGCGAUGAUUCUACAGAUAUUGACGCUGUUGUCAAAGAAUACAAGGACACCAUACAGGUGGUAACAGCGAUCCCAGAAGCGAGCAGUCCGCCGCCACCGUGUAUCCGGGGAGCACGCUGGGCGGCGGCGGGCGCAGCAGUGCAGGUCCUCGCCAAUGCGUUCCUGGCAACCGCCUUUUGUAACGAGGCCCUAAGGCUGCCUAUGUUCCUCACUGGAAUACCAAUGUGGUUGUGUGGAUCAACAAUUUGUAUAUGGCAGCCAUCACAUAAAUUGGGUACGAAGAAGAUCCAAGGCCUCGAAGGACCAAUAACAAUGACGAUGGCGUUGUUGUUCCUCACACCGUUACUGCUCGACUCCUGGCCAGCCAUUAUUCUAUUCGCUGGAGCAGGCGUGGUAAUAUACGCACGUUGUGAGCGCUGGUGCGGCGACCUGGCGGUACGUCAAGCACGCAGCACUCUGGAGCGACGCAAGCGCCCCCUCACCGGUACUCUCGCACACAUCGAUACCGUAUACAUCGCCAGAUGACAAGACGAGGACUCGGAUACGAGUCUAGACAAUCUAAUAGAAGCUGGUGAAGACGAGCUAGACCCUGAUGGCGAAUGUCAGGAGCCGGCUAUUGUAAUCAUCACGCCUUGUGAUGGAAGACAAGCUACUACCAGUAUGCAAUGAAGUAGCAAUUCGCUCUCUUACAUCAUUGUGAACUUAAAAUUGCCUCUAGCAUACUAUAACGCGUAAGCGUAUCGGAAUCGAGGCAAAAGCGAGGCAAGUAUGCACUUUUAAAUGGCGAACAUUAUAUAAUACAACGUACAGUCGAUCAAGAAACUGUAUUUAAAAUGUAAUCUUAAAAAUGUGAUAAUGAGAUUCUGAGUGACUGUACAUGCAAUUAUUACAAAUCAGCAUAAAGGAUGUUAAAGAAUCCUAAAACUGUAUAAUUAAUAUGUUCUCAUUGUAAUUAAUAUAUUCUUAUCAUAUUGCUACGCUAUUUAUGACAUAAGAAUUUAAGGUGCUUUUCAUACGUAUACUGCUGCGCUAUUUAUGAAUUUCAAGUACCUUUCAUACACAUACAUA